AAGGAUAAUUAUUGUUGAAUUAAAAAUCAGAACAAUAAAUUAUAUUUUGAAGUUGAUUCUACUGCAUUUCUGAACUUGAUAUUUACCCCAAUGCAAAUCUAGGACAAAUAAACUAAUCUUGCUUACAUUGACCAAAAUUACAUAUACAUAAAGGAGUUAAUCACAAAAAUAAGCAGAAAGCCAUUAUGAAAAUGGGUUGGACCAAGUGCAUCUCACAUUAUUGAUCAAAACUUGAAGAUCACAUAAGUAGGUCAGGCAUGCCACCAAGUGAGAGAGAGAGCACGCCUAGCUGGCUUAAGCUUAUGAUGGAUGGCUUAAAGGGGCCUGAGAAUGUCAGGUGAUGCAGUUUGUUAGUGAAAAAAAGGGUACAGGAAUAGACUACCUAAUCAUCCAACAUGGUAAAUAGAGUAGCGAACAUGACCUCUGCUGGCAAAUCCCAGUCUUACAGGAGAACUGCAGCUGUGCCGGCAGAUCAAUACCUGCACAAACUCCAGAAGAUGAGUCGGAUUGUACUGCAAGUAGACCAGUUUAGAAAUUCCAUUGACUUUGCUUAUAGACAUGACGGUCUGGAUAUUUCUUUGAUGCUGAAAAUGUUUCAUAAAAUCUCAAGCGGAGUUGGAAAAAUUACGAGUCGGAAGGUGAUUGUUUUCACCUUCUUAUUAGAUAAUUCAUCUCUUCAAGUUAAGAUGGAAACAGCUAAAGCCACUAGUCUGCUAGCUCUCCUAGGCUUAGGACUGGGCUUAGGAUUAGGCUCACUGUUGGUAUACAAGCUAUACUACCGGCUGUUUGUGUCUGGUGGAGACAAAACUAAGAGGAAAAGUUCAGAUUCAUCGAACUCCACGGAAACACGUCAAAACCAGCCAAGUGAUCAGGAGCCACAUGACACAGGAGAAUCAAACAUGGGGAACAAUGCCUCCGUGGACCCCGCCGCAGACCUGGCAUAUUUUGACAAUACUCAGGGGAAGGUGAAGUUUCCCAGACAUUAUUAUAACAACAGUGACUAUGACUUAGUUCAACACACAACAGAGGACACGAGCUCUGAUGACUCUGUUUCCAUUCCAUUCAAUGCAGUAUUAUUGUCAGCAGAUAAAGACACGGACAGUUCUUAUGGAUCAUAUGAAAUGGUGCAGACCAAGGAUGCUGAGGGGGAUCAUGCUGAGGGUGUGACAACCCAGGACCAAGUGCCAAACACAAUUCACAAAUCAAAAGAUCCUUUGAAUGAUAUAUUGGACAGUGGAGAGUACGAUUCAUUAUCUGACUUAAUAGGGAAAGUCUCACCGCACUGA